UUGAACUGGCCGGACCGGAUUUGCGUGCCGGGCGGUAAUAUAAAGGCGCCUGUUCUUUCUCUUCUCGGCUCCGUCUUAUCUUUAGCCGGAGCAAUGUCCCGAGGGCCGGGCCGUCUGAUAGAUAACGUGAAGAAGUUAGCCGACACGCAGUACAAGGAAUUCACAGCUCGGUAUGGCGACCAAUUGGUGGACAUUUUCGAGUUCCCCAUUAAGCUCGUGCUGUCCCCUUUCACCCUCGCCUUUGACAUCGUUGGGUCCGCUCCUCGUGGGUUCGGCGUCCCUGAACUCAUCUCCAAGCUCUCUUAUGCUUCCGUCUUCGCUGUGGCUACACUUGGAACCUAUGAUAUUGCUUUGGAGUUGGGAAAGAAGGUUAUAUGUCAGAGGAACUGUCGAACUUGCAAUGGUUGGCAGGCAUUGCGAUGUACCAUGUGUAGAGGAUCAGGAAGCGUGCAUUACCAAGUGAAAAAUUACUCCUUGAGAAGAGGGGAGAAGCCCACUGCUGAAUGUAUUGCAGAUGCAAUUUCUGAAAAUCGUGCUGAAGUAAUGCAUUUUCCAGCUGCCAUAAAUUCAAAUAUGCCUUUGCCAUCUAAAGACUGUCCAGACUGUGAUGGCACGGGUGUAAUGGGGUGUCCUGAAUGCAAAGAUAAAUUACAAGUCAGGAUCUCUGCGGAUGAUAUUAUGGAGCCACCAUGGAAAGCAUAUAAUGUUCUGCGCAAGAUGGACUAUCCUUAUGAGGCUAGUACAGAUUUCUAGUCCUGGAUCAAUAUGUUAUUAUGUUAAAAGCUGUUAUAAAUUUGAACUUUUCCGGCUGUUAUAUUCAAUAAUUCACCCUUUGGUUCACUGAAAGGAUGGUUGACUUAGUACUUGUGCUCGUGGGGAAUCCCUCCAUCCCCUUGUUUGGUGCUCACAUAUAAUUACAACAAAUAGUAUUUAAGACCACUUGGCACUAUAUAAUUGGUCUUCUAACACCUGAGUUUUGCUCAUUUUGGUUUCAGCAUAUCCGUGACAGCAUGAAAGAUCCUAGCAUUGCUGCAUUUUGGUUGUUUACCUUCCCCCAGGUUGUGGGUGGGUUGAAUUAUGAUGAUGACAUCAAAAAGAAAAUUUGGUGGCAGUACGAGGAAUCAUUUCGGUAUGAUAAACUACGCGAUAUCGUGGCUAAGCGAGCUCCUGGCUGGGAAUUAUUACAGGAAGCCUUGACCACGAUCGACCCUAUUCGAGCCCGGGAAGAUCCAGUUAUUGUGAAAAAUCUUCCACACUACAGGGCCAAGAAGGCAUUGGAGGCUGAGGUCAUGAAACUUGAUCCACCACCACGGCCAGAAAAGUGGGGAGAGCUUGACCUGCCACUGAAUUCAUCAUCCUGGACCGAGGAAGAUCUUAAAAAGCCAGAAAAGUUCUAUGAGAUGACUGUUCUCCUUAAUGCACAAAGAGAAAUGGCUGAUAAAAUGUUGGAUGCACAAUGGGAAGCGAAAUGGCGACAGGAAAAGUUGAACCAAAUGCUGGAGGAGAAGGUGCAGCCGUACCUCAAGGACGCUGACAAUGGCAUCCUCUCGCAACCAAUUGUUGUACAACCACAAAAACAGCAUAUAGAGAGGAAGAGGCGAAAGAGAUGGUGGAUUUUCUGAAGUCGGCAUCUCAUUCGUACGUAAGUGGUGUCAUCAUAGAGCCAAUGACGUGAGAAACGAGACGCAGUAUCCUCUUCUUCCUGUCUCUGCGUAUCAGGCUCUGGCAGCUUUUGAUAAAUACGUAGAGAUAACGCUCCUGCAGCAUGCAAAGUCGAUGGUCGACUAGUUACUCUGAUGUAUAUGGAAAGAGAACACCAUUGAUCUUUGCAUCGAGCAAGCUGCGUGUAAAAACCAAACGCCAGUCCCAUCUCCUUCUCGAGUUGUAUGUUCUGUUCGAUUUCAGAACAAGUUUGUUUUACGAGGAAUAUUGAUGCUAGCGCAUAUGUCUAAGGUUGUUCUGAUCUUUAUCAAGAUGGCUACAGCUCGGUCGAACACAGGAUAAUUAGCUAUACACUCGUGGAUUUGCAUGCUAUAUAUGAAACACUGUUUAAUUAUCUAGUAUUAUUGCUAUGAUGAAAUAAGAUUGGAUAUGACUGUAAAGAUCUGACA